UCAGACCAGUUUGAAAAUUCAAUCAACAGUAAGCGACAUGUUGCUCAAAUCACAAACAACAACAAAAUAAACCCUUUUGGAUAUAUGAUAAAUCUGAGAUUAACAAAUGUACUAACGAACCCACUGAGAGGAGGCAGAGCCAAUUUCAGUUGAUAAUUUUUGAACGUAUCAAAUUCCAGUUGCGCUGUUAAGCCCUUAAAAUAUGUGCAAUAGCACUGAAUCUACAAACAAGUCUAGAUUUCAGAUACAGUUGCUGGCUGACAGAAGUGUUGUCUUAGUGAAUGCGCGGGGCUAUGAAUCCGAAAUAUUUCUGCCCGAGCUGCUAAAGGGCCGAGUCUGUUUGCGGAAUGUGAUAUGUAGCCGGCAGCCCAAGUCGCCGCCAAGUGAGAUGAGUUCCCAGUCAUCGUCGUCGGAUCUUCGAUGCCCGAGGAUAAGGAACCUCAAGCUGACCACAGCAACGGCUGGCUUGGCGCCCAACCCGAGAAGGAGGGAUAACACUAGCAGGCUACGCUUCGAGCUUAAGCUCAUUUCGAACGGCAAGGUGGUGCUUGUGGAAUGUAAUGGCUACGAAUCUGAGAUUUUCCUUCCUCACAUUCGUAGCCGUUGCGUUGCUAUGAAGCGCAUCUCUGCUAAGGAGCUGGCGCAAUGUGCAUCUGCGAAAUCGAGUAGAAGUCAGUGUACACAAAAGUCGCCAAAUAAUUCGGCUGCCUCAUUGGCAACCCAGGCUGUGGGGCUAUCCUGCCUGUGGCCAACUUCCCCCAAGUCAGGAAAUGUUAUUGAUAAACAGAAAAGUGGACAGAGAAUACAAAAAGGCCAACAAGUGAAAAAAAUGAAAAACCCGCUAAAGGACAAAUCUUCGACUAGACAAAAAAAGAAACGCUGCAAGCAGUAUUCUAAGGAAACCAGAGAUGUGUCAAAUUAAUUUAUUAAAGCUCGACAGAAUUCGUAUGAGUUGACAAAACAAACGGGUGCUAAACUUCAAUAUAUAUAAAUACAUUAUAUUUUGAUGUGUAAAUAGCAAUAAUAUUUUCCAGUUCAGUAGUGUAAAAGUUUGUCUAUGAUAAAGUAAAGAUUUGGCCAAACCAAUGCAUUUCAAAACCAAUCAGUUAAAAUUUUCUUUGAAGCUAAUACUAAGCCAAAGCGCUAUUUUGGUUGAGUAUCCAGGACGGGAGCCGCAGCUGUUUAUGCCAACGUUGAUCAACAAUAAAAUCGUAUUGCGAAACAUCAUAUUUGAUCACAUCAAUCCGCCGAACAGUGAUGGCAAGCCAAAGCUACAAUUCUCCAAUAAGAAGUGCCGUUCCGAAGCGGACACCGUGAGGAAGAAACGCAAGGGUAAGCCAAAUAGUUCAACUAGCGGUGAUAGCUCUGGAUUAUGCGGCACCAAGAGCUCCAAAUAUGUGGCUUCCCGUGGCAAUAACGAUGAAUGCUCCGAGUCGGUGCAUUCCACUGACACCAAAUCAGAGCCGCCCGACAUCGACAGCCCCAAGUUGCUGCAGUUUGGCGAUAACUAUAACGGUAAAACAUUAAUACCGAGUAACGACCGUUUCCAUUGGGUGCGCUCUGGGAAAACCAAGAAAUUGACACCAUAUGAGAAGCAAAACAGCGGCACGAAGACCACACCGAUUGCGGGUCCUGCAAUUAAACCGACCAUUGAGGACUACCAGGAGCGAUUGCAGCUGCAGCUGAAGAAGGUGCAUUCUAAUGUUGUAUGCAAUCUUUUACCGCCGUUCGAUGGCCUGCGAUCUACUUACCAGGGCAAAGAGUCUAAAAGAGGUCGAACGCUGGUCUUAAGAAAAAAGCGAGCACACGAGGCUUAGUAUUUCGCAAUUAACUGACUUAAAACUUACGAGUUUGUAUAAUCUAUAAAUUUUCGUUUUAAUAAAUUUUAGCAAAAAAAUAA